GGGAGUGGCUAAACCGUACGGUACACAGCCGAUUUCGGAUUCAAGCGUCAUUUCAAACGUUGAUGGGAAGGGAAGCGUGCAUUAGAGACGCUUCAGGCAGGCGCAAAAGAGAGAAGAUAGAAACAAGCGAGACCCAGUGCGAGCGUGAGAUCAUUCUUCAACUGGUUGAGCAGGACUGAAGAGGUAUAACAAUAUCAAAAUAUGCGGGCUGCUGGCGUUUGCAUUCGCCGCGUGCUUCGGACGGGCGGCAAUGGAGUGCUAGCGCGAGUUCCAGCGCGUACCGGGCUGAACCUGGAGGCGAAUCUGGUAUUAGCCGCGGAAAGUGGAGAUUUAGAAUAUGCCACGCGAUUUUGUUCGCGCCAAUGGAGCCACGCGGCAGGAGAGGAGAGUGCUGGAAGUUGGAGCAACAAGCUGGCAGUGGGCAGCGCGGUAGCUGCCAUCACAGCCCUUACAAGCAGCGAAUCACGGUGUGAAGUACUGGAGAAGGAUGGAGGUGAAAGCCGAGACGACGAGUCUCUAGUCCGACGCGGCAGCUGCAACUUUUGUGAGGACGACGGUGACAGCAUGUCGAGCUACUUUGACACUGAGUAUGAGCCGAAGAAACUACUGGGUUGUGGCACAUUUGGCGUCGUGAUGCUAUGCGUGCACAAGCAGACUGGUCGAGUGGCGGCGGUGAAAAUGGUGCAGGAAAUUGCGGGUAACACAGAGGAGGUAGAGCGCGAGAAAAUGGCAUUGGAGCGGCUGGAACGUGCUGGCGGCCACGAAACCAUUGUGAGCUACGAAGGAUCGUACUACCAUAACGAUUUCCACUACAUUGUGGUGGAAUACGUGCCGGGCACGUCGCUUCACUCGUUCGUGGAGAAACACCACACUCUAAACGCCACAUGGUCGCUACAGCUUGUGUCACAGUUGGCCAGUGCACUGCAAUUCAUGCAUCAACAGGAUAUCGUCCACCGCGAUCUCAAGCCUGAAAACAUCAUGGCGCUCGUCAAUGAUAACAAUAAAAGCCAUGGAAAUGAUGAUACCGAGGACGUCACGCUCAAGAUUAUCGACUUCGGCUGUGCUGGCCGGGCAUCGCAGCCGGAGUCACCGCGCACGUCGACACUGUCAGGUACUCGUUGCUAUUGGCCUCCAGAGGCCCUUGAGUGUCAGGACAUGACGUCAGCGAUGGAUAUGUGGGCGCUCGGAUGUAUCCUGUACAUCCUCAUAUCUGGCCGCCAUCCGUUCGACCUCACGGGCUGCUCCACUGAAGACGAAGUGAUGCGGCGCAUUAAGGCUGAGCCUGUGUCUUUCCUGCUGCCUGUGUGGCACGACGUCCCUGCAGAGACCAAGGAGCUGAUCCGUGGGCUGCUGGAGAAGGACCCACGUCAUCGAUUGUCGGCGGACCAAGUGCUGGAGCAUCCGGCCAUCAUUGCGGCCACCAAGGAACUAUGAAGUAGUGAGUGUUGUACCCGUGCGUGUGCGAAUGUUCGUGUGCACACUUUAUCUAAGCAGCGUAGUAACCUAAUUUUUCUGGUUCGUAAUGUAAUAUUUCGUGUCUGCAUGAAUAUCAUAGUAGUCAACACCUCUC